AUGGCUUCGACUUUCACUGACCAAAAACGUCCUCAAUUGCAGCCCGUGUGCCAGAAUUGCGGGACGUCAACCACUCCCCUUUGGCGCCGAGAUGAGCUGGGCUCCGUUCUCUGCAACGCAUGCGGUCUUUUCUUGAAACUCCACGGUCGCCCACGACCAAUUAGUCUCAAGACCGAUGUUAUUAAAAGUCGCAAUCGGGUGAAAACUGCCGGCCAGGUCCCGAAACGCAAGUCUGGAGGAGGAUUGGAUCCGAAUGGCUUAUCGUCGUCGAGAUCAGAAGCUGGAACGCCGCCUCUGGGCGCGCAGGGUUAUCGUCGCGCUUCUGGAAAGAUGUCUCCGGGGCAUUCGGAUCGCUCCAACUCGCCCGUGUCACGAACAGAUACACCGGGAAUGUCGUCUCUCCAUCAGCACAAUUCUAAUAUUGCACCGCAGCACAUGUUUGAUAGUGUAACUCUCGGCGACUCAAGCUUCAAUCCGGCCAACACACUCCCGGCAUUGCAGCUUCGGCAACCGUCCCCUGGUUCUACGUCCUCCAUGGUAGACCGACAUCUUGAUGUACCUCAAACAUAUGAAGGGUUACUUGCCGCAAAUACGUCUCUCAAGACUCGCGUCAGUGAACUCGAGGUUAUCAACGAGCUUUUCCGGGGUCGCGUCGCGGAACUCGAACAAAGCGACGCUACCGCGCGUCGUUCCGAGAUGAUCGCGCGUGAUUCAGAAGCAAGGCUACGUCGGUCUCUGGAGGAUUCUCAACGUCGCGAAGAGGAUUUGAAACAUCGUAUCAGUGAACUAGAGCAACAUCUGUCAGACCAUUCUGGCUCUGGCCCAUUUCAAGGAAACGGUGUAAAUGAACCGGCCAUGAAGAAGAUUCGCUUAUCAGAUGUAGUUGAUUAUGAGGCCGUAAAUGCCCCAAAGUCUCCUAAAUCUGCAUAAAGGAUUCACUUCUGCGAGAUUAUCGCAGCAAUAAACCUUUACGUCUUUCUUCUUUGAAGCUACAUUUUAUUAUCUUUGAUACCCCAUGAUGAGGUUCGCCUGGAAGGCGAAGACACUACAAAAGAAAAAGAAGGAAUCGUGUUACUGUCUAAUUUUUCAUAAUUCUUCUAUGUUUUUUUUUGUUUGAUCUUUUCGACUCUCGACCGCACUGAGAUGACAGCGCACUUACUCUUUGCUUCAAAUGAGCAACAUGCAAAUGACAUACCAUCAGGUGUCCGAGGGAAGAGAGAAAGGAAGUUUUUCUAUGGAGGAAACAGAAGAGAAGGAAAAGAACAUGUGCGAAUAUGGGAAGGGGAGGGCAAAAGCUUACAUCUUUUUUAUUGCUUCUAAUAUCUCUCUAUUUUAUAAAGUCUCUUUUUGCCACUUGGUAUUGGCUAUUGUCUUUUUCAUCUUUUUUAUCGUUGUCAUGAAUAUAGAUCGGUAUGGGUGGUUUAGGGAUCAGCUAUGGCGACUGCACCUCUUUUCUAAGUUUUAUUUUUUUCUUCUGAUGUAUUGCUACGCUUAGGGUCCAGUCGUCUAAUAUCUGUAUGGACUUGAGUGUAUAUACUGUUUUAACCUUGUGCUUUUAAUUUCUGUUGCUGCCGACUGAUUGACCGGCCGGCUUACUGAAUCUGGUUUUUUAUGUGCUGAAUUUCCUAUCAAACACCUUUAUAACCCUCUCUUUCUCCUUUCUGCUGGGCCCUUAGUAGGUAGGUAUAUGCUGACGGUGUUUUCUCUGUGGUUUUGUCUUAUCACCAGGAUUCUACAAACAAAAAAAAAGGUUUGCAGUG